CAACAUGUAAGUCGGUGCCCCGUUUGUAGCCUAAAUUUAAUUCAAAAUUCUAGUGAAAUAUGUGCUUGUGAUUUCUAGUCAAAAGACAGGGGAAAUCGAAAUGUGUCUGCGCGUGUUCUGCGGCUAUUUGUCGCUCUACAUCGGCUGCAUCUUCAUCGGCUUCACUGGGAUGAUCCUGGCCUUGGUAAUCUUUUCUGUGGGUCUGUUCGAGCUGAUCACGGGAAACUCCAAUGUACUGCUCAUGGUUCUAGCAAUGGUCUUCGCCCUCAUCUACGCCCUGGCCAAAGUAUUUCUGCUCUUUGGCACCAUGUGGGAUAUGUGCUGGGCCAUUCUCUUGUCCUUCAUCAUCGGUCUGGUGGGCGUGGCGUUUCUUGUGGCAUUGGUUGUGUUUUUUUACUUCCACUUACCGGCUCCUCUGCACCUCCUGCUAGGCGUAAUAUUGUGCAUAAUCGAGCUGUACUACGAGUGGAUCAUCAUAUCCACCUGGUGGUGCUGUCGAUCAUGCACCCACGACUGUUAGGAGUUGCUGGUAGCUGGUUACCUGUGGCUCGCAACUCGAACUUGUUGCGCUCUCCGAAGAUACAGAUACAAUGUUGGGGCUCUUUGGAUCGGUUGGAUGUAAUGCCGCGAAUAGCUCAGCUAAGAGCUAGUUCUCUCUUAAGAGAACUUGUUGGGGUCUUCCGACUCGGAGGGUCUUUCACAAAGUCAGUUCGAUUUGAGACGCGCGCUGGAAAUGUCGUUCCUGGAGCGAUCGAGCUGAUCCAGCGAGUGAGCGUGUGUGCCUGUGAACCGCCCCCUACCCGUUAAAAAAAAAUAAAGAAAGAAAAUCAAAAAUUAUAUCUGAAAAUACACAAGUGUAUCUGCAUGUGCAGCCGUAUCUGUGAGACGAGAGUGUUUUUUAUUUGCCGCAAUUAGAAGUAACGGUGCGAAGGUGAUUUGCACGGGAGAAACUGGAAAAGCAGCGAAGCGCGAGAUACUUUUGUCUGCAAUUUGUGAAUUUUCGUAUUGUGUUCAUUUUGCGAACGGCAAGUGAAGAGCCCAUUGCCUUAAUUCAAUCAGCGAUCACAGGGUCGAUCCCCACAAUUUGUUCUAGCCCAAAUAAAGGCAAUAAAUAACCCCUGAGACACAAGUUCGCGAGCCGGUUUAGUCAUCACAAGUUCCGAGAACUGAGCGCAACUUUGAGAUACAUUCGCGUAUUCUCAUUCCGAAUCGCUGCCGCCAGCUGUUGGCCACAAUGCCUCCGUACCUGCUGGAUAUUCGCUCUACCCCGGUGCUUCGGAGACCGCGAUAAGAUAUCUGCGACUAGUGGUGAAUAAAGCCAGAUACU